UAAGGAAGGUGAUGUGGAAUAUAAAUAGUUGCUGCAAAGAACCCUGACAACUUCAAAGCACAAUGAAGUUCCUUCUGUUACUUUCAGCCAUUGGGUUCUGCUGGGCUCAGUAUGACCCACAUACCCAAAGUGGACGGACAUCGAUUGUGCAUCUGUUUGAGUGGCGCUGGGCUGAUAUUGCUCUUGAAUGUGAGCGAUACUUAGCUCCCAAAGGAUUUGGAGGGGUUCAGGUCUCUCCACCCAAUGAAAAUAUCAUAGUUAAUAACCCUCCAAGACCUUGGUGGGAAAGAUACCAACCAAUUAGCUACAAGUUAUGUACAAGGUCUGGAAGUGAAAGUGAAUUCCGAGACAUGGUGACCAGAUGUAACAACGUCGGUGUUCGUAUUUAUGUGGAUGCUGUAGUUAAUCAUAUGUGCGGAAGUGGUGGCGGUGCAGGAACGAGCAGUACUUGCGGAAGUUACUACAAUGCUGAAAGUAGGGACUUCCCAGCAGUCCCAUACUCUGGUUGGGAUUUUAAUGAUGGUAAAUGUAACACUGGAAGUGGAGAGGUUGAGAACUAUAAUGAUAUCUACCAGGUCAGAAAUUGUCGCGUGGUUGGUCUUCUUGAUCUUGCGCUGGAGAAAGAUUAUGUGCGUUCCACGAUUGCUGCCUAUCUGAAUCGCCUCAUCGACAUUGGUGUAGCAGGGUUCAGAUUGGAUGCUGCUAAGCACAUGUGGCCUGGAGACAUAAAGGCAUUUUUGGAUAAACUGCAUAAUCUAAACACAAAGUGGUUCCCUCAAGGAAGUAAACCUUUCAUUUACCAGGAGGUAAUUGAUCUGGGUACUGAGCCAAUUAAAGGCAGCGAGUACUUUGGGAAUGGCCGUGUGACAGAAUUCAAGUAUGGUGCUAAACUAGGCACAGUUCUGCGCAGGUGGAAUGGAGAGAAGAUGGCAUACUUAAAGAACUGGGGAGAAGGCUGGGGUUUCAUGCCUUCAGACAGAGCACUUGUCUUUGUGGAUAACCAUGACAAUCAGCGAGGACAUGGAGCUGGAGGAGCGUCUAUUCUUACAUUCUGGGACUCUAGACUGUACAAAAUGGCAGUUGGAUUUAUGCUGGCUCAUCCUUAUGGAUUUACAAGAAUAAUGUCAAGCUACCGUUGGGCAAGAAAUUUUCAGAAUGGAAAAGAUGUUAAUGAUUGGAUUGGGCCACCAAAUAAUAAUGGCGUGAUUAAAGAAGUUACUAUUAAUCCGGACACUACUUGUGGCAAUGACUGGGUCUGUGAACACCGAUGGCGUCAAAUAAGGAACAUGGUUGCGUUCCGUAAUGUAGUUAAUGGCCAACCUUUUACAAACUGGUGGGAUAAUGGUAGCAACCAAGUAGCUUUUGGAAGAGGAAACAGAGGAUUCAUUGUCUUUAACAAUGAUGACUGGGCAUUGUCUUCAACUUUGCAAACUGGUCUUCCUGGCGGCACAUAUUGUGAUGUUAUUUCUGGAGAUAAAAUUAAUGGCAAUUGUACAGGAAUUAAAAUCAAUGUUUCCAGUGAUGGCAAAGCUUACUUUUCUAUUAGUAACACUGCUGAAGAUCCAUUUAUUGCAAUUCAUGCUGAAUCAAAAUUGUAAAAUUUGA